GUGAGCCUCUCAGUUCCUGAGAGAUACAUCAUAUCUUACAAUCUCAGAACCGUCUUUUACCAUCAAAGGCUCGUAAAAUAUCAAAGUUGCUCUACUCGGAUUUGAACAAACUGCUAUUAACCUUCCCCGUUUACUCUCGAUGGUUCUGAAGCCAUCGCUUGGACCUGAUGGAAUCGUCGCUGAAGUGCAACACUCUUCUGUGCAGGACAGAGCUGAAGGACGAAGCUGUCGUCACCAGCUGCCUUCAUGUUUUCUGUGUUGAUUGCGCUUCUCGCAGCAACUUGAUCACUCCAGGCGCGGAGCAUCUUCGACAAUGUCCCGCAUGUCGUUCGCCCUUACCGGGUCCAGACAACGCAGUUCAUGUCAAUCUAAGACCAACAGAUGACUAUAAAGGCAGCAUUUUGCGUGGAUUGAGCCCGGUCGCUGUGAUUGACUGUGCCAAUGCUGCCUUGAACUUUUGGGAGUAUCAGAUGGCCCAAGAGAUCGUCUAUCAUGCCUACUUUGAGCAGACAUUGACGGAAAAAUACUCACAGUCGAGAGCUGAGCUGGACAAGAUUACAGGAGAAGCAAAUGGCCAGAUAGGAAUGCUGUCUGACAAGCUAUCCGCGGUCACACUGGAACGUGACUCUGUGCGCCGAAAGAACGACGAGCUGCUCGUCAUGCUAAAAGAAAAGAACAAAAAGCUCAUGCAAGUUCAGGAGCUCUACGAUAAGCUCAAACGCAAGGCUAUGCUGGGUUCACUGCAAGAUGGUGCCUCCGAGGCGGUUGACACAACCUUGGAUCGAGUUGCAGCUAUCGGUGCCACACCUGUAGCUGCAGAUCGAUACCAGCGACUUGGGUUUUACCAACAACAGGCUGACGACGUUAGACCUCAUGGAGGUUUACAACCAAGAACAACAAACACGUGGGACCAGCAGUUCCGACGUGAUCGCAUUGCAGCAACUCCAGAGCACAGGACCCAUUCAAACAAUACCGCCGGUAUUAGACUGUCAAACAUACCAGGCUUGGUUGUUGGUGGUGCGCCUCUGCUCAACCAGGACCGUCAUCAUGGCCUGAGAUCAGAGCAUCAACACCUCAACGGCGUUCCCGGCAACCCUGGGUAUGGUGGUGCCAGUACUAGCAACGGCUUUGGGCUGAACACAAGUGGUACAAGUGGUGCUCUCCCGGGCGGGGCUAUUGGACUCUCGUCAGCGCAGAAACCAAGCUUAACCCAACGGCCCGGUGCUGGAAUCUUCGCGCCACAACCUCGAAACAGUCCACAAUGGCGACAGUGAUGAAACAGUCUCUCUGCACUGAACCAAAAGGUCGAUUGAUGAUGGGAGGAUUUUGCCAAGAAUUGCUGCACAUGAAAAGUCCACUAACCAACCAUUCAAGUCGUAAAUGGCUGAAAGAUACGAUUCCCAGCAACGACUAUCAAUGGACAUGGCGAUAAUCGUAUUGGAACUUAGAGUUUGGCUUUCCCGUUCGCUUUGAUGUCUAUAACCUUUGUGGUUUAGUAACAGCUGUAUAAAGUUUCUUUGUUCCAAUCCCUCUUGAAGACGCGUACAUCAAACAAUGAAUUGUCA